AUGACCGCCUUGUGGCAGGCAGAUGACUACGGAGUCCAGGCCAACUGGGAAUGUUGGACACUAUUUGCGUUUACAUGCGUCACUGUCGGGCUCCGAGUUAUCUGCCGCACGUACUUCGUCCGUGGCGAGGGAAGACUUGGCAGCCUAGGUGUCGAUGACUACACCACGAUAGUUUGCGUUGCGAUUCUUCUGCUCACCUGCAUCCUCGUGAGCAUUGGCUCCCAUCAUGGCCUCGGACGACAUAUGGCCAGUCUUGAUCCUCUUGAUAUCGUGGAGGCGCUAAAGUGGAACGCUAUCAUCAGCUCCAUCCUGAUCUGGAGCUUCUCGUUGCCAAAAUUCGCCAUCAUUGCUAUCCUAAAGCGGAUUCUUGACUAUGGCCCCAAAAUGACAAUCCUUUUCUGGGCCCCUUGCCCUCUCUUCACAGGCCUGCAUCUUGGCUACCUCGGUCUGGUAGUUUAA